AUGGCUGCAGAUCUGGGGAGUGCAGUGAACUGGUCUCCUGAGUGGAUUCGGGAGUGGGCUCCAGAGAUGUUUGAGGCCUCCGUGGACCCGUACCUGAACCUAAACUUCUUCCAAGAUGUGGAUAUGGACACAGAGGAGCUGGCUAUAUACUUGAAGAAAGGGAUGUUUUCUGAGCUGCACAGUGUAGUUUCAGAAAUUGGUAUCCCAGUCACUGCAACAUAUUUUGACUUACAGAAGGAAAUGCUCUGGGUGGGAAACCAGAGGGGUCACGUGACAUCAUUCUUUGGAAAAACAAUGCCCCGCUACUCUUCUUUUCAAGUGCAUACAAUUGAUGACAUCCGACACAUUCGGAGUUUGGGGACAGGCGUGCUGUUCCUUUCUAAACGCAACCUCAGUUGUUACACUCGUGGAGGCGUCAUCAUGUUUGAUUACCCGAUGGAGAAAGGAGCUAAUAUGAACAGUCUCCUCAUGACUGAUAACAACACACUGCUCAUGGGUGGACUACAAAACUAUGUGACUGAACUUGACUUGAAUACAAUUCAAGAAACUCAAAAAUUUACUGUUGAGGUUCCUGGAGUGACAAUAAUGCGGCAGACCAAUCGUUCCUUCUUCUGCGGGCACCCUUCUGGCAAAGUGACUCAACGGGACUUGCGUACCUUGAAGCUGGAGCAUGUGUUUAAUGCAUUUUCUGGCGGCCUGUCAGACUUUGAUGUUCACGGAAACCUUCUGGCUGCAUGUGGGUUCUCCAGCCUGAGUGGGUUGGCGUGUGACCGUUUCAUCAUGGUGUAUGAUCUCCGCAUGAUGCGAGCCCCAAUCCCCCUUCAGGUGGACGUGGAUCCCCUGUUCCUGCGCUUCGUUCCUACCUACAGAUCACGCAUUGCAAUCAUCUCCGCAACAGGUCGAGGCCAGUUCUGUGAGCCUACUGGCCUCGCUAACACAGCGGAAGUUUUUCACAUCAACACAAAUGGCCAGUUACUCACAAGUUUUGAUGUUUCAUCUAGCAAACAAGCCUUAGGCUUUGGGGAUUCAGGGGGAUGUGUGCAGCUCUGGUCUGAUGCUCCAGAUAUUUCGUUUAAUGUUUACUCUCGGGAGGCAGAGUUUGCCCGGCCCUGUCUUGUGGACACACUGAUUGAGCUGAACGGGAAUCAUGACCUGCAGCCCUUCUCUCUCAUCCCCACGCCCACAAGGCCCACUGCCCGGGCUGAACCCUGCUCCAGAAAAAAAAUGGUUCCUGCGAAGGGCCCAGAAAUCCAGCACACGGUGGAAACUGUUGGGUUAAAGAGUUCUGUGAAAAGUCCUCGUACCUGCCGCCGGAAACAGGUUCAACGUAAAAAAAAUCAGACGCCUGCUUAUUAUUUUUAUCACAACCAAGUCCCUGAAAAUCCAACAGAGAGUGAUGAAGAGUCUCUCCACGUUGUCCCCAAAAAGUACAGAAAGGUCGCGAUUAAAUACUCUAAACGUGGACUGGAGGACUUCAACUUCAGCAGUUACAACCAGACCAUGUUUGCUGGCCUGGAGCCGGACAUUCCCAAUGCUUACUGUAACUCCAUGAUCCAGGUGUUAUAUUUCCUGGAGCCGAUUCGGUGUCUUGUGCAGAAUCAUUUGUGCCAGAAGGAGUUUUGUCUGGCCUGCGAGCUUGGCUUCCUCUUCCACAUGUUGGAUUUUUCAGAAGGAGAUCCAUGUCAGGCCAAUAACUUCCUCCGAGCAUUUCGGAACAUCCCCGAUGCCAAGGCACUGGGCCUGAUCCUUUCAAACCACGAGGAGAGGACAGGAAAAGCUAAAAUAGGUCUCUUAAUCCAGAGAUGGAAUCGCUUCAUCCUCUCGCAGCUCCACCAGGAGACGCAGGAGCAGGAGAGCGAGUCUGUCAUUGGAAAGCUGUUUGGUUCUGAAGUUGAGAACAGAAGUUUGUGUGUCUGUGGCAAAGAAACGGUCCGCUCCCCCCUCACGUUGCUGUUCAACAUGCGUUACCCUGAGCACAACUCUCAAGCAGAAACAAUAAAGGAGUACGACUUUGCUGAGAUCCUGAAGAAAAGCAUCUGCCUGGAGCAGAGCAGUCAGGCAUGGUGUGACAACUGUGAGAAUUAUCAGCCCACAGUGCACACCCGCAGCAUUCGACAUCUACCAGACGUUCUGGCCUUAAACUGUGAGGUGAACAGCGCCAAAGAGGCUGAAUUCUGGAAGGUUCAGGCCGAGUAUGCUUUCAAUAAGGCCAUGCAGAAAGCAGCAAUGGAGGCCUCCAGCACGGGGGGCAUCGGGUGUGGCACUCAGGCAGACGAUCAGCGUCAUGUCUGGAUCCCUGCCACUCUUAAGAUGUCCAUCAGCAAAAAUCAGGAACUAGAGAUCAUGAGCUGGCCUGAGAGUGAGGAGUUAAGUGCUGCUGAAGAAGGGGAGGGAGCUUCUCUGUAUGACUUGGUGGUGACAGUGCCACACAUCCUGGAUGAUGACACAGGUGACACUCUGGUUGCACACAUCAAAGUGGGCGAGACCUACCACGACAGAAAAGAGGGAGUCUAUCAACAGCAGUGGUAUCUCUUCAAUGACUUCCUCGUUGAACCCAUUGAUAAGACUGAGGCUGUACAGUUUGAUGUGAGCUGGAAAGUUCCAGCUAUCCUGUAUUACACCAAGAGGAACUACCACACCAAAUACGACCUCCACAUUAAAAGGCCCGUAGAUGCUAGCGUGAUGCACACAGAGGCAUCGCUGACUCAGAGGAAGACAGAUGCCACUUUCAUGCCCCUCAUGGACAGUGAGAAGCUGCAGGCUGGUGACCUGGUGGGGCUGGAUGCUGAGUUUGUAAUGCUCCGUCAGGAGGAAACAGAGCUGCGCAGUAAUGGAACCAAGUCCACCAUUAAGCCCAGUUACAUGUCUGUGGCCAGGAUCACCUGUGUGAGGGUUCAGGGACCCAACAAGGGGAUUCCCUUCAUCGAUGACUACAUUUCCACUCAGGAGCAGGUGGUCGACUAUUUGACACAAUAUUCUGGUAUCAGACCUGGAGACCUGGACGCCAAAAUAUCCUCUAAGCAUCUGACCACUCUGAAGUCAACCUACCUAAAGCUGCGCUUCCUCAUCGACUCAGGAGUUCGCUUUGUUGGUCAUGGCCUACAGAACGACUUUCGUGUCAUUAAUUUAAUGGUUAACAAAUUUCAAAUCAACGACACCGUCCAGAUGUUCCGUUUGCCCCGCAAGAGGAUGAUUUCUCUGAAAUUUCUUGCUUGGUAUUUUCUCGGCAUUAACAUCCAGGGGAAAACUCACGACAGCACAGAGGACGCAUGCACUGCCCUGGAGCUUUACACUAUGUACGGGGACAUACUUAGAGAAGGAGGGUUUGCCUAUCUGACAGAAGUGAUCCAGAAACUCUAUGAAACAGGCUUCCAGCUGAACUGGAAAAUCCCAGAUUCGGACAUGAAGUGGUCACAGACAGACUGA